GUGCAUCUGAUUUAUUUUUCAAAAAAAAAAAAAAAAGAAUAGAAAAAGAAAAGUUUCCUCUUUAGUCGACAAUAGAAGAGGAGAAGAGCAUCCCAUUCGAGUAUUACCGACUGGGGUGGCGGCAGGACGAAUUACAUAGUAGUACAUAGUAGUAGCGGUAGUACGACGCACGGCGGCCAUCGAUAACCUCUUCGACGAAUUUCGUGAAUAGUCGUCGAUCUUCGUUCAUUCGUUACUCGGACGUCGUCGAAGGUGGUCGGUUCGGAUCGGGUCGGUCUGUUCGGGACGGGUCGGUCGAUCGGUCGGUCGGUCGGUCGGUCGGUUAAUCAUUCGCCCGACACCGAAAUAAAAACAUCAUCCCUUUAUUGUGUAUAAUAAAAGGGAGAAAAUUAAUAUAUACAUAAUUAAUACUCACAUUUUUCUUCUAUUUCUCUCACAUUCUCUUUCUCUCUCGCUCUCUCUUUCUCUCGUGUUAUUAUAAUUCGAAUAAUAUAUGUGAUACGCGCGUUAUUAUAGGAGAUUUUGAAUAAUAGUAAGAGAAAAGAAAAAUCGUUAACCCUUUUUGUAAUCGCGUUCUUCCGUCGAUAAAAAAAAAACGCAAAUAUUAUUUCGAGUUAGUGAACGCUUCUUCUUGCUCUCUUUGGGAGAAAACGGCAGCAGCGCCGCCGGCAGCAAGCAGCAGCAGCGGCGACGACAGCAAGCACAGCAACGCAUCGCUAACACAGAGUAUACAGCAGCAACGAUAUUCAUGUGUUCUUUUGGUAGCAGAAACGAGGCGCGUUAUCAUCAUCGACACGUUUAUCCGUCGUACAUCAUCAUCUUUAACGAGAUUAAUACAAGGAAGGAGGAUACGACGAUAAGGGGUAUAAGGAGACACGGAAAGAAGGAUAUUGUGGUUUCGAUGACGAAUUUACAAAGUGGUUAAUACAACGAACGAUCGACGAUCGUAUCGUUCGUUGUCGUCGAUAACAGAAAACGAUGACGUCAUGGUGCUCCAUCGCCGAUUAAAACGCCCGUAAAAAACAGAAGGAACGUCGGUGAGGCCGGACAAGGACCCAACGGCAACGGUGGAGAACGUAGACCAACCACGAAGAUAGGAAUCGAACAUAGGAAUAAAGAAUGGUGUCGAGGUUUGGAGUAUCGAAGGAGGGCGGAGUGGACGUCGCUGCCGUGGGAACCAUGCAAUGUAUAUUAGGACCUCAUCACCAUCAUCAUUACCCGGCACCACAUCCACAAAAUCCUCAACCGGGCCACCAUGUACAUCAUGCCACUCAUCCACCACCACCAUCGCCUAGUCCUCAUUUAAACCAUCAGCUCAGUCACCACCAGAUCGCAGUGAACAUCAACCAAAUUGGUCAGCAGCUUGGUCACCAAGCGCCACCAUUACGUGUUUUCACACAGAAUAGAUCAGAGUUCCAUGCGGGGAACUACGGCGCCCAGCCAGGGGGCCAGGUGGUGGGUGGAGGAGGGGGGAGUGUAGGUGUACCUGGGGGUAGAGGACCUCCACUUGGUGGAUUGCCCUUGGGGCAAUCCACAGCGGGUAUACCACCAGGGGGCCCAGCUGGAGGACAGGCUCCUCCGCAAGCCCAAGCACCUGGAAUACAAGCCCAACAAUCACAAGGGCCAGCACCUACAACAACGCCACCAGUGCAUACUCCUUCACCACAAGAAAUGGGAAAAUCAACACAUAUGCAAACACACAACUAUUAUUCAGCUGCUCCGAGACCUCAGCAGCCAAGAAAUUUAAAUCAUAGAGGUGGACAAGGAGGAACUAAUAAUCAGGUUGUAGGUAUGGCGGGGGUAGCUGGUGGUGCCGGUCAACCACCCGUCAUGUAUACAGCUGGCUUGACGAGUCAGCCAGGGGCAGUAUUUGUUCCUAGUCAUGUUGCCGGUAUACCGACAGGGCCCCACCAACAAUCUGUAUAUCAUAUGAAUAAUCAAUUAAUUCAGUUCUCGAGCGCGCCCCAAAGACAUCAGACACAAGGUCAAUCCUAUUAUCCUCCUUAUCAACCACACGCUCUGCUAACACAGAACAUAUAUCCUUAUCAAGCUGGGCCAGCGCCUCAACCUAGCUUUUUCUACGCAUCUCCCACUGCCCCACUAGGUAUAAAUAGGUCAAGUGCAACCGCUGUUAGUGGUGGAGCACAACAUGUUGGGGGCACUCUUGGGGGUGCCCAAGGAGCUGCAAUGGUACCACAAGGUACCCUUCAACAAACUACACAACAACCUCAACCUUUACCCCAAAUAGGCUAUAAUAAUUAUGACGUUGUAUAUGGCUCUUCUCUAGUUCCUGGAUAUUACAAAGAUUAUAAUCUGUACUCGGGUUACAAUGGUGGAUCUACAACAGGAACUAACAGUUCGAUUAGGUCCAAAAAGCCCAGAGGUGAAAGGGCAAUAACAGACAUUGUUAAUCCUAGUACAGGGAAAAACAUUAGUCAUGAAAUAUACGACGAUGACACAUCUGUCGAACAUGAGUCUAAUAGUCGUGAAACUCCUCAACUACAGAAUAGUAGCGGAGCUGAGGUGGUGGCCGAUUUUGCGGCACGCGUUGCUAAAGCCGCAACUGAAAGUUCAGAUUCAGGUUCACCUGUACCGGUAGUAGUUACUACGCCGGAAACAACUUUCGUGCCGCAAAUAACCACACAAAGUUUGUCGAACAUUAAAACCACGACAAACGGUUUAAACAGCAACAGCAACAACAACAACAACAACAACAAUAAUAACAGCAGCAGUAGUCAUUCUGCAAACAGCAGCAGCAGCAGCAACAACAACAACAACAACAACAAUAGUUUGGCUACACAAUCACAAAACAUGAGCAAGGUGCAUGCAUUAUGUAAUCAAUCUUUAGAGACGCCAUGCAGUCAAAAUAAAUUAAUCCCAACUCCAUCGGGGACGGCGGCGGCGGCGGCACCAUCAUGUAUUGUGUCACCAUCGGCUACGACCUCGCUCACAUCCUCUACUACUGCUAUGACUACUACACCAUUGGCGGCCACCAUUUCCUCGACUGCUCCUGUAUUAUUAUCAUCGUCAUCCUCUCCUUCUCCUUCCUCUUGCGCGAUCAAAACUACUACAGCCGUUGAAUCUAAACCAUUACAAUUCUUCGCAAAAGAGUUUCAUCCUAGAGGAGAGAAAAAGACUACAAAUAGCAAUGAGGAAAUUGUAGCCGUUGUCAAUGAUAAUAAUAUUCCUCCUGCACAGCCUAUGACGACAACAACUACUACUACUACCACAUUGGCUAGUACUACUACGCUCCUAGACCAGGAAGUAAAGAGAACUACGAGCCCUCCAUCGGUCAAUGUGCAACCACCACCACCACCACCACCGUCAUCGGCGCCCCAACAUCACCAGCCACAACAACAGCAGCCACAACAACAGCAGCCACACCACCAUCAUCAACAGCAGCACCAUCACCAACAGUCGCAGCAUAAUUACCAACAACAAUCAGUACAUCAAACACAGCAACAACAACACGCUGUGUCAAAUGUUGUUGGUAAUAUCCCAGAGGUUAGCAGCAAACCUUCCUCUAAUGCUGCUGCUGUAAAUCCCACACAUAUAAGGGAACAACCCUUCACGAACAACAGCCAGACGACUGCGCCGAAGACCAAUUCUCCUCCGAACAAAUCAAACUCGCCACCAAGGAGGAAAUCAUCGCAGUCACACAAUAAUGCGAAUAAUGCCAACUCUGAGCCAUUAGCCAAUGCUAAAGAGCUCAGAGAGAAAAAAAGAGAAAAGAGCAUUAAUUCGAGAAACGUGACUACUACUCCAGCUCCGGCACAUAAUCAACCGGACCAUCACCACCACCACCACCACCACCACCACCAUCAAAAAACGAACGGUGAUGCCAAUGGAGAAAAAUCGGAACAAGAGGCAAUAUCAUUACCACCACCCAUUGCCAGAAAUGAAGUUCCGUCUAAGGCGACAGAAGGUAAAGUGAUGCAAAAACAAAAGAACAAGAAUAAACUCAAGCCACGAGAUUUGAAUAGAAAGGGGGCCGAAAAAGAAGGCACCGAUAUGGAUGCCUUUAUGAAUAAAUUAGACAAUAAAAUAACAUCUGCUAAGGAGACAUUUGUAACGAAAGAAAAUAAAGAUUUUGCAAAUAUCGAAGAAAAUGCUAAAGACAAUAAGGACACGGAUAACAAGGAGUCCUCAACGGAAAAAGAAACAACAACAACAAUAACAACAACGACGACAACGACAUCAAAUGCUGUAUAUUGUAAAACUAGCAAAAACCCGGUAAGAGAUGUUGAACAAGAAAGUAACAAUGAACAGCUAGCUCAAGCAACUAAUAUUGAAAGAAGUCAAGAUGACAAGGAGGUGUGUAAUACAGAAGUAUCUUCAAACGUUGAAGAUCAUUCACAAAUUAAUGUAACAUCUCCAAUAACGACGUGUAGUAAUGCCCAAAUAAAGUCAGUUCCUAAUAAUGAUGUAGUUGAUCAUGCAAUAGUUGUUGUUAAGGAUAACAUUGAUGUAGAAACGAUAGUUGCACAAAAAAAUGAAGAGAACACUAAAAUGUCAACGUUACAACAACAACAACAACAACAACAACAAUCAUCAUCACCUGACGAAGAAAAAGUUGUUCCAUCUGUGCCAACUGUGGAAAAAUCAAACGAAUCAAGUGAGCAGCAACAGCAACCACAGCAGCAAACGACACAACAAUCCACUCCGACAUCACCAACGACGGUUGAUGCAUCCAAAAAUUCGAUAACAUUAAAGUAUACAUACAAAGACGAUCAAUGGAGUCCUAUUAAUAAAGAUGGUAAAAAGGUUUAUGAUCGUGAAUUCUUGAUACGACUUCAAGAUGAUCCUAAUAGUAAAAUUAAACCUAACAAUUUACCAGAUUUAGAAGUUGUUUUAAAAGAUAAUAAGAAUCGCCCUCCAAUGGAUUUCCGAUCGUUUAAAGAUACAAGCAUGAGCAGACCGGAUUCGUUGUUCCCUGUAUUUGUGAAAUCAUCGGGACUUGCACGUGGUGUGCCACCUGCAAACCGAAAAAGUCUUCCACCAGGGAAACCUAAAACAAAUAACCAAAAGAAUAUGAUUCAUCUUUCUUUAUCUCUUCGAGAAGAUGUAAAAUUAAGAGAGACAGAAAAUGCUUGGAAACCGGCUAGAUUGAAACAACUCGAUUUAAGCGAAGAAGAAGCUAAGACGUUACAAUUAUACAAACGUGUAAGAAGCGUCUUAAACAAACUUACUCCUCAAAAAUUCAGCACUUUAGUAGAUCAAGUUCGCGCUUUGAACAUUGAUACGCAAGAGAGGUUGCAAGGCGUUAUCAACUUGGUCUUUGAAAAGGCUGUCGACGAACCCAGUUUUUCUGUUGCGUAUGCGUUAAUGUGUAAAGAACUAGCUAUGAUGGAGGCAUCUGGCGGUGACAAAAGUGGCACUAAGCCGACAGAAAGUUCUGUUAAUUUUAGAAAACUGAUAGUCAGCCGAUGUCAAAAGGAAUUCGAAAAGAAUCCACUUGAUGAAGUUACGAGAACUAACAAGCUCAAAGAAAUUGAUGAAUGUACCGAUCCCGAAAAAAAGAAGGACUUGCUUCUUCAGCUCGAGGAGGAAGAACGUAGAAUAAGAAUUAAAUCUGUAGGAAAUAUUCGAUUUAUUGGAGAACUGUAUAAACAAGGUAUGUUAACAACGGGCAUUAUGCAUCGUUGCAUAGUUCACUUAUUAGACCAAAAUGACGAAGACAGUCUGGAAUGUCUAUGUAAAUUAUUAACAACAAUCGGAAAAGACUUAGAAUCCAAGAGCAAAAUGGAAGAGAUGCAAGAUUAUUUUUGCAAAAUGUCAGAAAUCGUUAGUCGACGUGGACAAAGUAAAAUCAGCUCUAGAAUUCGUUUUAUGCUACAAGAUGUUAUUGACUUGAGGGCGAACAAAUGGGUGCCAAGGAGAGAUGAUAGUAAUCCUAAAACAAUCGAUCAAAUUCAGAAGGAAGUUGAAUCGGAAAGGCUUGAUACACAACUCACGAAUACUCCAUUGAAUGCACCUAGAAAAGAUGAUCGUAAUGCUGAUCGAAAAAGAAAUCGAGGAUUUGGAGCCACCGAUGAAGGUGGGUGGUGUCAAGCUGUAGGUAGAGCGAGACCACAAACUUAUUCUGUUGAGACAGCAAAACUGAGACAAAAAACUACUCCAGUAGAUGACCUUAUCCUGGGUAGUAGAAACUAUUUUAUGUGGAAAACUUCGACAAAUAACACCAAAAAUUCAACCAACAAGUUUGCAUUGCUUGAAAAUAUAAAUACUAUUGAACAAGACAGAAGAAUGCCUCCUCUUCCUCUUUCUGGAUCGAGAUCUACUGGUCCCAGGGAUUACGGGCGGGAUUAUAAAUCAUCGUAUGAUGGUAGAAGUUCUCGAAAUGGAAGCCACCAAUUAAGUAGUGGUGGGGCAUCAUCUAGUAGAGAAAGUUCAUUAUUAGACAAUGCUCAAAGUCAAAGUGUAUCUAUGCCAACACAGUCUUUGAAGUCGUCGGCAUCGUCGCCACCUGUGACUAGUAAUCAAAAACCUCCAUUAUCGGAAGAAGAAUUUGACAAAGUUUUUAAUUCCAUACUAAAAGAUUAUCUAAGGGAACACAGUUUAGAGAAUGCUAUCUCUGACGUAAUUCAAACUUUCGAUAAUACCACGUUUACUAAAUUCGUACGUGAAUCAAUUAACUACGUUCUUGAAAAAUCUCCCCCUGAACGAGAACGAGUUUCACGACUUAUGUUAGAGUUGAUUAAGAAAAAUGUUAUGCCUUUACAACAUUUGAAAGCUGGAUUCAGCGAAGUUUUGGAACUUGUAGAUGACUUAAUCAUCGACAUACCUAGGAUUUGGACUUAUCUAGCAGAAGUAUUAACUCAUCCAUUAAAAGAAGAAAUUAUGCCAUUAUCUGAAAUGAACAGUAUAUUUAUAAGCUUAAAGAGUCAAGGUGGUGCAGGAAAACUUCUUGGAGAGUUAUUAGCUAAAUUAUGUCAAGAAAAAGGAUCCAAAUGGGUUGCAGAUAAAUGGGACCAAAGCAGACUUUCAAUAAAUGAUAUUAUCGAUUCUGAAAGGGAAAGCAUUGAUAAGAUUGCUAAGGAAUAUCACCUAGAAUUCCUGAUUGGAGAUUAUAAUAGUGCCAAAAGCUCUAACAAAGACGAGCUUAGUUUACAGCAGAUACACGAACAUCUAAGAAAGUUAAUGAAGGAAAAGUCUUUCGAUCAAAUCAAUAAUUGGAUAACAGAAUUUGUGGAUGAUAGAGUUAAGGAUCCAAAAUUCAUAAGAAUAUUAAUGACUGCCAUCUUAGAAACAUCAAUAGUAUCGUUUAAUGAUACGUGGAAAUUAAACGAAAACACAUUCAGUAAUUUACAAAAUUUGAUUCAUCGGUACGUCGAUACCGACGAAGUACUAGAAUUACAAUGCUUGUAUGCUAUUCAAGCUUACAUGACAAAAAUCGAAUUCCCCUUAGGCAUCCUUCGAAGCGUUAUAAACAAAUUAUCAGGGGACAAUAUUAUAUCCUCCGAUGCAUUUCUGGCUUGGCAAAAGGGUGAAGACCCAGCAGAACACGAAGGUCACAGUGUAGCGAUUAUGACACUGACUGCAUUCUUCACAUCUUUACAAGAAGCUGAUGACAGUUCUAGUGUUGAGGACGGAACGAGCAACGUAAAUUCCGAUCACUUUUGACGGUGCAUUGUCUUAGAAGGAAUAAAAACAGGACAUUUUUUUCUCGAGUAAACAAACAAAAAGAAGAAAAAAAAAACAACUAAAGAAAGAAAAUGAAUAAACAAUUAUUUACACAUAAUACAAAUUCUUUCAAAUGACUAUUAUUUUUUUUCAAAUAGUUAUUUGAAACACGCGACGGUCUUAUCUAAAACUA